AUGGCUGCGGAGGUCAUCUCUUCAGGCGGUCACCGUCCCAUAAUCUCGGUGAAAAAGCAAUUCCCUCAGCGGAAGACAAGUAUCAGACAUACUUCCAAGCCACCAUCACGCUUGCCGGAGUUUGAAAUGAUCAAGCCUCCUAGUCCUAUGGCGCCAGUCGUCAUAUCAGUCACAGAAGCCACACCGUCCUCAUCGGAUUCGUCGAGGAAGACCUCAGCAGAAAGCAACUCCGAAGAUCGAAAGAGCAAGAACCGCCCCCACCGACCGACGAUAACGAUUCCCCCGAAAGCCUACAGAGCGCCAGACCAGCAGAGAACUGAGACGCCUCCAAUCCCUUUACCACCCCCCUACUCGGCGACCUCACCAUCAGCCACAUCCUCCGGAAGAUGUCCCAUUACCAAGAUCAUACACUACGACACCUGA